CUAUCGCAUCGCAGCCGCGCGCGCGCACGCAAGCAAAUAAUGUAAUAUGGGCGCCAAGGUGUAUUUAUUGUUUGUUAUCAUCGUCUGUGUGGACUGCUCUAGAAUUAAAAAAGAAUCUUUUAGGAAGAACUUCAGGGUUAGAGGAGAGACGUUGGAGCAGCUGUUCGCUGUAUAUGACCCGACGUUUCUGGCGGUGGUGUGGCCGAAGAUAUCCAAUGGACUGCACUUGGACGUGAGCCAGUUCUGCUGGGACGAUGUGUCGGUGUUCUUCAAGGACUUGGCUGAGGGAUGGGCGUGGGCGUUUAAUGUGGCUGACGCAUCUGGGCGUUACCAGGGCGGCGCGACCGGCGGCGCCACCUAUUGGCUGGGCUCCAGGCAGCGAUGUUCAGCGCUGGACAACAAUUUCCUAACAAGAGACCACUCGGACAACUCGACUUCAGAUGACCUCUUCGAAGGUGAAUACCUGAUGGCACUCCUUCAGAGAGAGAAGAUAUAUAGCACUGGUGGACACGAAUGGCACAAUUUGGUCCAGAGCGACGACAUGAUUCAGCGGCUGGUGACCAUAGACAACCGGCCGCCGUACCGCCUGGCUUACAGCGUCAUCACCUUACGCCUCAAUGUGACUAAGAUCACCAUGACCAAGUCAUAUGGGGUAACACUAGGCCUAUGCCUGCCCCGCUCGUGCUCGCCCGACGACAUCGAGGCAAUCGUCGCCUUCUCAAUAGUCAUCAACGACAACCUAAAGUCCAACAGAACCGUGCCCCGGGUCGCCAAAAUCACGUCCCUAAGGACUGUAGAAGAUUACUACCACAUUGAAGAAGACGCUGGAGCGAUCGUCCUCAUCUGUAUCACAGCGUUCCUUUUAAUACUUUCGAUUGUAGCCACAAUAGUAGAAUUAAACCUCAUCAGAUGCAGAAUGCUCAAACCACGCAGUUCCAGGUCUGUGAGCUUCAAUUUGCAGAAGUACAACAACACUGACCCAAGUAAAAGGUACCUUGAUACUAUUAAGAAGAAGCCUAUUGAUAGUUUGUGGAAAGAGCAUCCGUUGGGGAAGCUGAAUAAAAUUGACGAUGACGUUAAUAUGAAGCCAGGGGUUCCUCCUACGAUUACGCUAGACGUAAUGUCCAUGGAGAGAGCUAUGGGCAGCUGCAACCGUUGCGGGAAGUACAAACGGCAGUGUAACGGCUUGCCCACUCAUUCGGAGAAUUUAUCCGCGUGUCCCAGGGUCAAAUACAGUUCUGUGGUCAGUCUGAGCACGGCUGAGAGGCGAAGCAGCUUUACUAAGAGGCUGCUGAUGUGCUUUUCACUGAGAUACAGCUGGAGACGGAUUUUCAACACCAAUAUGGCGAAUAAGGACUUGUCGGUGAUGCACUUGACGAGGGUGGUCGCGACGCUAUGGGUAAUCUACGUGCAUGUUGCGAUGAUGGUGAAUUAUGUUGCAGACGAUGCUGGUGAGGUGAAUGAUCGAAAUGAAAUGUAUUACGUAUUAGCGACGGGAACGUUAGCAUUUGACACAUUAAUGUUUGUUAGUGGUUUGUUCAGUGCGCACCACUUCUUCUACCUGAAGAGCCACUACAGCGUGGAGGAGCUGGUGAGCUUCGGCGGCGGCUGCGGGCACAUCCUGCAGUUUGUCUGCUUUGUUACCAAUAGGAUCAUACGAUUACUGCCAUCCUACGCCUACGCGAUCCUGUUGUGCGGCGUGACAGCGCGCUUGUCGCGUGACACGGCGGUACUGUCGCUGCCGCCGCGUGACGCCAACAACUGCGAGUCUUACUGGUGGCGGAACAUCCUGUAUAUCACCAACAUAUACCCGGCGGAGGAGCGGUGCAUGCAAGUAGCAUGGUACCUAUCUUCGGAGACGCAGCUACACGCUGCGGGCGCUUUGCUAUGCGCAGCUUGGGCGGGCGCGCGCGGGCGCGUGGCCGUGGCCGUUACUCUCGGCGCGCUCGUGGCUGCCAGCGCCGCUGACGUCAGCAGCGCCUACGCCGACUCCGGCCAGCAUUUGCCCGGCUUAUACGAAGCAUACGUUGCCAUAAUUGAACGACCCUGGGCGAGGGUGGUGCCCUACUUUAUCGGCGUAUUUACUGGAUGGAUGGUGCAUAGGACCAACGGGAGAGUUUCGUUCUCUAAGGUGACGGCGUCUUGCCUGUGGUCAGCGUCAGCAUCGACGCUGCUGACGUCAGCGCUGGUUCCGUGGCUGGCGCUGGACUGGCUGGCGGCCUGGGUGCACCUCACGUGGCCGCUCGCUCUACUGUGGCCGACGCUCGUCUGCUCCACUAACUACGCCUGUGAGUUUCAAACGACUGUGGUCUGCGUCAGCAUCGACGCUGCUGACGUCAGCGNAAAUUGA